ACAAUGGGCAAGGGAAAAAACCAUGACCGCAAGGCGAACCCUGGCUUCGGCAAGGUCAAGUCCAAGUCCGGCACGUCCACCGGCGAGUUUACGCUCAAGCGUGUAAAAGGCGAGAACUUUUACCGCGAUGCAAAGUCUGCUGCCCGUGUCAAGAUGCUCAACGGCGGCAAGGCCGUGAGGGACCGCGACGGUAAGAUCGUCGAGGCCGCCGCCUUCCAAAAGGGCGAGAAGGACGCAGAGCCUGGGCGAGUCAAGCCCGACAGGCGAUGGUUCGGCAACACGCGAGUCAUCUCGCAGUCUGCGCUCGAUCACUUUAGGACGGCGUUGAAGGAGCAGAAAACGGACCCUUACUCUGUCUUGCUCAAGAGAAACAAGCUGCCGAUGGGUUUGCUGCAAGACGAUACCAAGGACGGUGGCAGGCGGCCUCACAUUGUCGAAACCGAGCCGUUCGGCAAUACGUUUGGUCCCAAAGCUCAGCGAAAACGACCCAAGCUUGAUAUCGGUAGCAUUGAAGAACUCGGCGAGUCUUCUGCUGCUGCCGCUGCCGAGACCGCCGCCGCCACUGCCGAAUCCCAGGGGAGCGGUACCGCCGAUUUGGCAGACAUCUAUCACCCCACCACUUCUACCGCCCGUGAGCCCAUCUACGCCAAGGGUACAUCCCGGCGUAUUUGGGGUGAGCUCUACAAAGUUCUCGAUUCAUCCGAUGUCGUCAUCCACGUUUUGGAUGCAAGAGAUCCAUUGGGUACGAGGUGUAAGCCCGUCGUCGAGUACUUGCGAAAGGAAAAGGCACACAAACAUCUUGUGUAUGUGCUCAACAAGGUUGAUCUCGUUCCCACCUGGGUUACCGCUCGAUGGGUGAAACACCUUUCGCUUUCCGCACCCACUAUCGCCUUCCAUGCCUCUAUCAACAAUUCAUUUGGUAAAGGAUCCCUCAUCCAGCUCCUCCGUCAGUUCUCUGUCCUCCACUCUGACAAGAAACAAAUCUCUGUCGGCUUUAUCGGCUACCCCAACACUGGUAAAUCCAGUAUAAUCAACACGCUCAAAAAGAAGAAAGUCUGCACUGUCGCUCCCAUCCCUGGAGAAACCAAGAUCUGGCAGUAUAUCACCCUCAUGCGCCGUAUCUACCUCAUUGACUGUCCCGGUAUCGUGCCCGUCUCCGCCAAGGACUCGGACACGGACACGGUUCUCAAGGGUGUCGUCCGUGUGGAAAACCUGGCCACCCCGGCGGAACACAUCCCCGCGCUCCUCGAGCGCGUCAGGCCCGAGUACCUCGAGCGGACGUACGGUCUCGAGCGCGUCGAGGGCGGAUGGCACGGCGAAGAGGGCGCGACCGUCAUCCUUACCGCCAUUGCGAAGAAGAGCGGUAAACUUCUCAAGGGGGGUGAGCCUGAUCAGGAAGCGGCUGCCAAGAUGGUGUUGAAUGAUUGGAUAAGGGGCAAGAUUCCAUUCUUUGUCGCUCCUCCUUCCAAGCCUGAGCCCGGUGCGGCAUCUGCACAUGCUUCUUCGGCGACAGCGACGGCGACGACCGAGGCUGAUAAAAAGGCCGAGGAGGCACAAGAGCAAAAGGAAUUGGCAGAGGAAAAGGAAACGAAAGAGAUGCUUGAAGAGCAGGAACGAUCGUUGGGCAAGGUGUUGGGGAUCAAGCGCGUGAAGGGCGUAGAGCAGCCGAUUAGUAAGAUUGUCACCAUGGCCAAGUUCCUUGGCGAUGAUGCGAGGAGGUAUGUAGAGGAGGAGGAAGAGGCAAGUGUCGAUGAUGAGGACAGGGAGAUGGCCGAGGAGGAGGAGGAGGAGAGUGGUGAAGACCAGGAAGAGGAGGAGUUGGCCUGGGAUGAUGUCUUCCCUGAAGAGGCUGCUGGAGGGGAUGCGGCCGAUGGUGAAGAGGUAGUAGAGGAGGAGGAGGAGGAGGAUGAUGAAGAGGACGAAGAUGUACCCUCAGCCAAGCAACUUGGCAAGAGAAAAGCUAUCGAUUCUGACGAAGAAGAGCAAACAGCGACCAAGGCGAAGCGUAUGACCACCAGCAAACAAAAAGCCAGUAAUUUCUAUACCCACGCUAAUGUCAAGAACAGAAAUAGGGAUAGAAAGGUGCCCAAAAACCCUGGAAAGCGAUCAAGAGGCGAUGACGAACCGACAGGGAAAAAGGCGAAGAAGAGACGAUAGAUAGACGGUUUCUAGAUAAUUAUUCUUUUUUCUUUUCCCCCGCUUUAUUCCUCCCUCGUUGUGUCAUUCAUUGGGAUCUCAUUAGUUGGAGCGCUGUAUCAUUAUGCAUCAUGCAGACUGUACACUAUCGCGUUCAUUUUUUUACUUGUUUCGUUGCACGGGA